AUGGCGAAUAAGAGUUAUGAUUACCUCUUCAAGAUACUUCUUCUAGGAGAUUCUGGUGUUGAAAAGUCGAAAAUAUUGUUCAAAUUUGCAUUCAAAGAUGAUGAUAAUUUCAUCUCGACCAUAGUAGGUUCUGAAGCCUUCUACAUACCCAUUCCUCUCUCUGAAGUAUGCUUCAACACUUAUGGAAGUAGUGGAGUACUAAAUUUGUAUUUCUUUAUAAGGGAUACCGCUGGCCAGGAAAGAUUUCAUACCAUCACAACAUCUUAUUACAGAGCAGCAGCGGGUAUGAUGGUGGUUUAUGAUAUCACUCAAGAAAAGACAUUUGAAAACAUCUCAAAGUGGCUAAGAAACAUUGAAGAGUAUGCACCAGAAGAUGCUCAGGUAAUGAUUGUUGGAAACAACUGCCAUAUGGAGAACAAAAGAGCAGUCACCAAAGGACGAGGAGAGCAGAUGGCAAAGGAAAAUGGCUUACGCUUUUUUGAAGUGAGUGCAGAGACAAAUGAGAAUAUAAACGAAGCAUUCUACACUUUAGCAGAAGAYAUUCUAACAAAACGACUGAGCAAAGACAGUGAAGAGCUAUCCAGCAACGUUAAUGUUCGGGAUAAUCCAGAGGCAGACCAAAAGAAAGGUUGCUUAAUAGUUUGAAAACACCGCAUCAAAGCCAAGGGUAAUAAUGAAUGCAACGCUGAUACGUGACAGAUAGAUUAAUCAAUUUACAGUUGUUGUUUUUAAAAUAUUUUUUAUUGAAUUUUUUUUUAAUAGCAGCCAGGUUUAAGAAACGGUGAAGGAAAAAACGUUAAAACUAGCUUAAUCCAAAAUUGAAUCCAAGGGUAAUAAUGAAUGCAACGCUGAUGCGUGACAUUUAKAGUAUUUUUUGGAAAAUAGUAGAGACAGCUUAAAAGAGCCGGCUAAAUAUAACACGAUUUAUCAAAUCAGUUACUAUUAUACGUAAAUAGAAUAAAUAGAACGAAAGCCUAGGAUAAUGACGUUAAAGCCGGUAUUUCAAAAAGUCAAAAAGUAGUGUUGCAGCCACUGAAAAAGUUGAAAAUGCGAUUUGUAAAAUUAAAAUUAAAGUUUUAUUCUUUAGUA